GGGAACAAAACCUUGCGGGACACCUGUGCUGCUGGAUUCCCUCUUUUGGGGCUUUCAUGAACAUUAUUAGAAAUCUAAAUUCACACCCAGUUUUUGGGUUAUGUGGACGAGCAGCGGAGAUCAGUAAAACUGGGAUGUAGACGCAGAAAAAAGCGGCCAAAUCUGCUUCGAUUGGACUGUGGCGAAGCCGUCGGCGGCACCACCAGUAGCACCAGCACCAGUAUUGGUCGGUCGGCGGAUGGAGAUGCGUUGUGAAGGCGGAGGGAUGAUGAUGAUGAUGAUGAUGAUAUAGCAGGUUGCUGCAGGGUCGUGCCGCAUUGCCUGGCCGCCGCGAGCGACGCCGGGGAGUCGGUGAUGCUGUCGUCGUCAUUGUGCCACAGAAAGAGAGAGAAAGAGAGGAGAGGCUCUGACAUGGAGGGAAGCGGCUGUCUGUCGACUCCGAGCUCAGGCCGCCCGGAUCAGCAGGUUGGAUGUACCGCCUGAAGGCUGGAGGACCUGAUUGAUGAUAUACAUGGAGCAUCAUAGCAGCUGCGUGUGUGCCAGUUCAGGGUGGAUUACGUCUACAGAGCAGCAGGCCUCCAUCUGAAGUCAGCUACUGAUCAGGAAAGCGUGAAGAAAACACUUCAGUAUACUUUCUUACCCUGUUGCUGCUCCGGGGGUAACCAUUUGUACUGGUGUUUCAUUGGAAGCUGGUGUGGUGCGAUCCCCCGUGGAGGGACAGCUGUUGCAAAAGAUGACUCACUUACAGGCUGGUUUGUCUCCAGAGACCCUGGAGAAGGCCAAGGUAGAGCUGAAAGAAAACCCUGAGACUUUACAUCAGGACAUCCAGGAGGUCAGGGACAUGAUCAUCACCAGACCGGACAUCGGGUUCCUCAGGACAGACGAUGCGUUUAUCCUCAGAUUCCUCCGAGCCAGGAAAUUCAAUCACUUCGAGGCGUUCCGGCUGCUGGCACAGUAUUUUGAGUACAGACAGCAAAACCUAGACAUGUUCAAGAACUUGAAAGCAACUGACCCGGGCAUUAAGCAGGCCCUGAAGGAUGGUUUCCCUGGCGUGCUCUCCAAUCUGGACAGAUAUGGCAGGAAAAUAUUGGUCCUGUUCGCUGCCAACUGGGACCAGAGCAGAUACACGUUUGUGGACAUACUGAGGGCUAUCUUGCUGUCAUUGGAAUCUAUGAUAGAAGAUCCCGAGCUGCAGGUCAACGGCUUCAUCCUCAUCAUUGACUGGAGUAACUUCACCUUCAAGCAGGCAUCCAAACUGACUCCCAGCAUGCUGCGACUGGCGAUUGAGGGACUACAGGACAGUUUUCCUGCCAGAUUUGGAGGGAUCCACUUUGUGAACCAGCCCUGGUACAUUCACGCUCUCUACACUGUCAUCCGACCCUUUCUUAAAGACAAGACAAGGAAGAGGAUUUUCAUGCAUGGUAACAACCUAAACAGCCUCCAUCAGCUCAUCCACCCAGAGAUCUUGCCAUCGGAGCUUGGUGGGAUGAUGCCACCCUACGAUAUGGGGACAUGGGCUCGAACACUGCUGGACCACGCAUAUGACGAGGAGACUGACUACUGUCCAGAGUCCUACACCCUAUCAGUACAAGACCUGGAGAGAGACCUGGAGAAAAACCUUUCCCCAAAGACCAUGAAGAGGUCUCAGUCGGUGGUGGAACCGGGAGUCCUGAAGCGACCAGACAAAGUCAAGAGCGAAGAAGACAACAUGCAGCCGCUGCUUUCGCUGGACUAAACCGUGCAGUAACAGCUCAAGAGCAUACUCAAAUCAAUAUUUACACACACAAAUACACUGACUUACUGUGCACAAGCAACACGCGCCCUGAAAAACACCUUCCUCCAGGAAAUGCUGCUGCUGCUACUGUUGGAUUCACGUUUUUCUCCAAAUCAUGGAAAAGCAAGCAGCAAGAGAUGAGAAGGACGUUUCCUCAGACUUAAGGGCAUCCUAAGAGCCACUGAUGGUGUUCUAUAUAUUUAUUUAUUUAGUUAUUUGUCAAGUGCCAAUUCCAGAAACUGUAAAUUAACGUCUUUAAACAAUCCAGUAUGGAGCAGGGAAGAGACGCUCAAGAGAGUGAGUUGUGAAAGUAUAGAGUGUUUACUGCACUUGUACAGGAUACAGAUGAUAAAGAAUAUGGAAAACUGAACAUGAAACUUCAAAGAGGGCUUGGGGCCAGAGCUCUUGAGCUACAGUUUUUCCUUUUUUUUGUACAGUAAUUUGAGGAAAAAUGCCCCAUAUGGGCAAGAAGCACGGCUCAGGAUCAGCAGCAGUGAUGGCGAUCAGCUUGUUUAACCUCCUGGACCCAAACUGGCAAACAGGCAGUGGGUUUACUGGGAGUUUACUGGGUGUUUACUGGGGGUUUGGCAUCUUUCCUGUGAAAACAAUGGCCGAACUCUUGGUUCUCACUCCAGUUAUCUCUUGGAAAAGCAAACCCCCCUUUACGGUAAGAGUUGGCUCUAUGUAUCAUUUGUUUUUUUUUGUUUUGUUUUUCCUUUUAGUCAUUCUCUCGCUUGUUUCUGACCCAUAUGUCACAGAGCACAGCACUGUCUUCUGUCAUUAGGGAUAACACAAAGCUGCUGUCUCUUAUUUUUAACAUAGACUCACCUAAUUACAUAUUUGUUUGGCAGACCAAAGAUAUAUUUUCUGAAUUUCGAUGGACAAAUAAAUGAGACAAAAUUUUGUAGGAGCAGGGAAAGGCCAAGUGUAUUAUCUUCUCCUGUGACUUUGUGACACAUUUGUUGGAUGUAAUGGCAUUAACAAGCUUCUGAAAACGUAUUCCCAUCAUUUUAACAGGGUAUGCAUAUUAGUAUCAUAAGAUAUUUAGAGAUUAAAGCAUCACAUUGGUAUGUUUUUUUAGAAAUCACAUUUACGUUAUACGUUAUUGUUGACCGAUUAUUUUCUCCUGUAUACAACAAAGGCAGACUUUUUCCUUUUUUAAAUGAUCCCAGGCUGCCAUUCACAGUUUUUAAAUCCAUUUGAACUUAUUAUUAGUAUUUUAUAAGGCAUUUAAAAACCAGCUAUUUGUAGUUUGACACCCUAUAAUUACCAGAUUAAUCUGAAGAAUUAAAAUGUCCACAUCACUGUUUGAUGAGAAAAUUAUUCCAUUACCACUGUCAGGUAGUGCAAGUUUUAUCCUUUUUGUGUUAAGUGUUUGGUUUGCAGCAUCUUUAAGGAUACCCUUUGAAGCAUAAGAGUGCUGUUAGAACAUCCUGACAGCACCUGAAUGCACCGAGACAUUUUCAAUGAGGUAAUUGGUUAACUUCAAUAAUUUAACAAUUCAGCUGAUAAUGACACGCAGUGAUUAAUAAUUUAUUAAAUCCAGGAUUAAAGUUAAUUGUAUUGUUAGAAUGGCUGCAGUUAUUUUCUGUACAGGGCAGUUAAAAGGCUUGUAUUAAGUCCUAUUUCAGGCUAUCUGUCACUGAAGUGGUAACAGAGACUGCACUUGACAUUUUAAAAGGAUAUUAAGGCAAACAAGUGGGCAGAUUUUGUUUGUUAAUGACUAAAGUCAAAACCAUCCCUAUAAACAGAUAUCUGUAUAAUAAUAUGCAUGAAACCAUUCCUUGUUUCCAAUGGAUAAUCACAUUUGAGUUUGUAUGCAGCCAGGUAAAAAGUCAGUCAAGCAAUCAACUGUAGUCUGAUGAUAAUUUCUCUAUUAUUAGAUGUCUUAUUUCAAACAUAAUAUCUUUUUUCAGCUAUCCCAACUAACCAGGAUAGUCCAAGAUUCAGUUCAGCAGUCUAGCUCAUAGGUUCACCAACUGUAGUCAAAGUAAUACCAGCUGUCUGCUGCAUUUGAACCCUUUAACAUCCUGAAGCUCUGUCCAGCAAAAAAAACCCAAAUUCCCCCAUGUGAUGUUCCGCUUGUUGUACUUUUGCCUCUUUCACUUUGUUUAUUCCAUCCUUUGUGUUUUUUAGAUGGAGAAGGCUAACUAUAGAUACCAGGAAAUAACGAUAACAUAGUGCACUCAAAAUUAUGAUUUUUGAAGUGAUCCUCCUUAAAAGAAUCAGUUUAAACGCUGAUGAUGUCAUUAUUAUAUGUAUGGCACAGUCAGUGUUUACUCGAGUUAAGAGAAAAAUGUAACUUUCAAGUGCAACAUUUUAUACUAAAUUAUAAGAUUAAUUACUUUAGCAGUCAGAAAAUCGGGAACUGUCCUUUAGAAAAUAGUAUUUAACCUGAUACAGUUUGUUAAGUUAUGUGGAAUUUCUCCAUGUAUGUAGCCCUGAAGCAGUUUGACAUACUUUAGUUUAGGUUCUUCCACAUCAACUAUUCACCACGGGCACACGAAGUGCAAAGGUGUGACAACCAAAUGUUAAGAAGGUGGAGAGCACAGCGGGAAGGAAAUACACGCCUCUGAUGGGCAGAGCAGCAGAGUGAGGCUGGCAAACAGACAGCCGAGCAGAUCACAGAAUAAAGGCCGGCAGGCAGAGAGCGUGAGGUGGCCCGCUGCAACGAGAGCAGACAGCUGGAAUGUUAAACUAUCACACCAGCGCACACGACAUGUCAGCCCCGCUUACCGCAGCUCAGAGGCUCUACAGGCUGCACCCUGUGCAAAGUCGAGUCAGACUUGUUCUUAAUGGUUUCUCCUUCGGCUCAGUGUGAUCUGUGUGCUUCCACUGAGGUUUAACAUCAAACACAGAGAGAUAAUAAUCUGGCAGUGUGAUGGCGAUACUGUGUUUUUACUGAAUAUGUGAUCAGCCUGAUCCUCUAAGAGCAGACAGUAGCUACAGAAACAGUUUGAAUAGGCUGUCAUGACACCUAGUAUUGUAUGAUUAAGUCCAUUGUAGGGUCUGAUUAAAUUAUUAUUAUAAAUUCAACCUUUGCUGCAUCUACUGCUCGAACUUUGUGUUCAAGGAGUAAAUUAUUUCUUUUCAGAAAGAGGCACAUAAUAUAGAGUUCAGACCAAACCUAGAUUUCCACAAGGUGUACAGGUGUAUGAUAUAUCUGUACAAGAAUUCUGCCAUUUGUACAAUUACUCAUUAUGACAAAAUCCAUAAAAUAUACAAUUGGUUCAAUAUUUUUUUCAUGCAACUAAAAUGCUGUGGAGCUUAUUUGGAACCAACCCGAUUAGUCAUCAUAUGCUAAAUGUGUUCAUUAUUUAUUAUAUAACUGACCUUGGAUCUGUUAUUAAUAAUCCGCUCAUACUGCUGCCAAUACAUAGUCAUCCUAGUACGUCAAAUGUUGUCUUUUUGUCUGUGCUGUUGCACGAAUACCUAAAAGCUGCCCUCUGACGUUGGUAGCUUGACACAUCGGCUGUGGCAGAAUGAGACAUGAACAGACAGUUGUCCUGUUUUUGCAGAGCAGCAGAUAGACAGUGGUGGAGUGACUCACCCAGGAGACCGCUGUCCACAUUUUAUUUUGCUUCGUUUGCGCUCACUUUUUACGUUAAUAGGCUGGUUAGGUUUAGGCAUAUCAAACUCCUUUUUUAGUCCAGUUGGCUAAGACAAUAUUGUGAUUUGUUUUUAAAUAUGCCAUUUGCAACAGUAAGCCUGCACAUGUAGGUAAUCCAUAUAAAUCUGAUGAAAAGAGGUAUUUUAGAAGCACCCAUACAUAACCACUUGGGUGUGAUAGACCUGUCUCAGUAGCUGUUGUAUUAUGGCACAGGUGGCAACGAACACCGUGUGCAUAACUGUGAGACUUCAGCUGCUUUCUCAAAAUGGCAAUAUUUGAUGCCCAAGGAAGUAGAAAGGAGUAUCUCUCCUGACAUCCCAUAAAACCAACAUCAGUAUUUCCUCUUUUGUAGAUGGAAACAACUUAAAUGAGUAUAUUUUGUUGUGUGAUGUAAUUGUCUUAGUUUGUCACCAAGUAAAACUACUAAGAAAACUACAAACAGUGCAAGGCUUCUAGAAAACUGGCUGAUGUAAUUGUUUUAGCAUCAGUAUUUGGUUUAAUUAUAAUGCUGAUAUCUGUAGACAGAAAACAAGAUCUUUGAUUUCCUUUAAUAAUCCGCUUGUAGUUCUACUGACCAAUCAUAUUGAAGCAUGUUAAAGGCUUGUGCUGGACAGUGGAGAACAAACACAUACUCUUAACUACAAGCUCUAAACCAUAGGCAAUUAUUUGACAUUAAUUCAGGUUGUUACUUGCUUUUUAAAAAUUCAUAUUUAACUGUGUUUUUAAAAAAGCACAGGGAACAGUCAGAUAUUGACCAGUGUCCCCAAAGGCUGUCUUCAGGUGAUAGUCGAUAGAUUCCCAGAUUGAUUUUGAUGUCGCUGACAGCGGUAGUGAUUUUGCAGCCACAGUUCUUAGUUCAAAUGCCCCUGUGUUCUCUUUCCUGAGAAACAAACAUUGUUGUCAAUAUAUUUCUCCCAUUUUAAAUAUGAUUAUGGAAUAAAUACAGCAAAAGACAAAGGUCAUCAUCAUUUAUUUCUCAUGUAUUGCAAAAUUUGAAGGUUGACAUACCUGCUAAUUUGUCUUUUUAAGCUAUAACUGACCAAUCACUGUUCAGGAGAUGGAUUAAUGAGAAGAUCAGUUCUCUGUAAAACCCAGUUUACUCAGUCAGCUACAACUAAGUUUUUCUGCAACCGCUGCUUGCUGGGUUUUUGUUUCCUUUGUUUACUCAAACUUUUCUGAGAGUAAAUACAAGUCAAGUUCACUCUAGACAUUUUUAUUAACAACAGCCAAAAAACAUUUUUAAAAUGAUCAUAAUCAUCUCUUCAACAUUGAACUCUAUUAAAAGGAAACUGCUUUUGAUACACUACAAUGAUUGCAUCAUUAAAAGUCAUUUUAAGGGAAGAAACAUAAUAUGUGUUAUUUGAACUCCUUUUGUGAAGGCAGCACUCUUUCUUUACAGGAUUUUAGUGCCAAAGGUCCCUGUGACUUCUCAGUGCUUAUGACUGUGACAAAAAGGGUAAUAGGGAUGAAAAUUAUAGAAGAUUGCACUGGCAUCAUUAUCUGAACCUGCACACCGUCGUAUUUCCUUCAGAAAACUCCAGAUAUGCUAUCAGCCUUAAUCACAAAAUGGCGCUGAAGCAGUAAAGAGGCAGCACAGAAUCAGACAUGUGAGAUGAAAAGGAUUAGGUAAGCGCUGCCUACCACAACUUCUGACUGACAGCCAUGCUUCUGUGAUUACUUUAUCCUAAUUCACCUGCAGAAUAAUUGCAAAUACAAAUUUAAAAGUACAUUUCAUUCAAGUGAAAUUUAUUUGCAGUCAACCCAGGUUAAGCCUAAAUGUUUUGCAGCAAUCUUUGAAAACAUCAAAGCAUCAAAGAUUGGGGGAAAAAUGUGAUCCACUUAAAUAUCAUGCUUUGUGUUACAGACCACAAGUCACAGGGGAGGGUUACCACAUACCUGCUUGGCUGUUUAAUCAUCCUUUUAAUUCACAUUUUAAGACAGCAACUCCAUUCAUCAAUGACAUCUUUUGAUGUUUUUGAUGAGUUGUUCAGACGUUGGUUAAUAAUUAGGAUUAAUACAUAAGGCAUGGUCCAUGUACCAUUUUAUGCAGAUAAUAAUAAUUCUGACAGCGGAAGGCCUUACUGUACUUUGUUGUUGCAUGUUGAUUUGUUCGGCUUGUUCAAUACAAACACACACUUUUCACACAGUUAAUUACUAGCAAUGUAAUCACAUCAACUCCUGCUGAAUAUAAUGGUGUGUAAGUGCCAGUAUAGCUAAACAAACUAAACGGUAAGUCAGAGGAUGGGGUUAAUAUUCAACUUAAUAACUCCAAGAGUCUUCGAGACUAAAAUGGUUAUCCUGCAAGAAACAAAUCACAAAACUAUGGAUGGUGCGCCAUUAUUAAUUCAUUUACUGGUUUAUUUUAGUCUUUCUUACAAAUUUACAGCUUUAAUCUGGUUUACUUCCCUGCCUGGGUUCAUUCUUAAUCAUAGAGUUCAGCACACUUCAUCACAGCAGCAUUUCACAAAUAUGUCCUUUUCUGAUGUUUGUUGUCAGUGCUGGAAUUAGUGCACUACUAAUGAGGUAAAAGUCUAGAUUUGUUAUCAGUAUCAGUGCAGAUGUCAAAAAACAAACUUGAACUGUAUUUUCAGACCAUUCAUACUUAGAGUAUGACUUUGAGUAGACCAACUUCUGGCACUCGUGAGGAUUUUUCCAAGAGCAUUUUGCAAGUUUAAAAUUAUCAGUCACACUCCAAACCUUUUGUUCACACUACAAUAGAAAGCUGUUGUCAUCAAGUGUUUUAGUUGCUGGUUUUGUUCACUAGAUGUUGUGGAUAUAUUUUUCACAGUUGUAAAACUCAUGCAGUAGAACAGCAAGAGCCAAUACAGUCUGAAUAAGAGAUUCAGGAGGAAAUGUAAAGAUUACUACCAUAAACAGGGACACACACACACAGACACACACACACACACACGGUCACUCACACAGCCACUGUAGAUGCUUCCAGUUGUUAGGAUAAAAAGUUUACAUGAACUAAACAUCUGUAUACUGCUUGAAUAUAGCUAAACUGUAUCUCACUCAGAGCGUCCUGCAGGUUCACUGAUUAUUUUUAAGGUUAAUGUUGGUAUCAGAGGUUGUUUUGUUCAGUUGUAAAUCUAAAUAGAAUGAAAUGAGACACAGUGUUUUAUUACAGAUAUACUUUAUCGGGUGAUGCUUUGUGCUUUACCACACAUGCAAGAUUUUUUCUUUUCCCUUGUCAGUAUUUUAUUAAAAUUGCUAUCUAUCUUGUUUAUUACACAGAUUGUUGUAUGAAGUGUAUACAGAAAUAUGAGUUUAAGAUCAGUUCUUAUUUAAGAAAUUCAGCAUUUUGAAUGUUAUUUCUGUGUUAUUGUUAUGUCAUUCCUACUGAUUCUUGGAUCAAAGUAUUGCUGGGCACAUUCAGACACCAGCUGUAACAGAUGUAACAGUAUAUCAGGCUUUGGGCUUUUAAAAAAAUCAUCUCGGAAGCAUUCAUGGAGGUCCUCAAAUGUUUGUAAUUUUAUCUGUCAUUUUAAUAAAUCUGAAGUAAGCAAUCUUAAAAAAAACAAAGCAAAAGCCAAAUGCUGCUUUUCUCCCAUGCAACAUAUCAUUUCAUGGCACGCAAAAAAGAGAGACAUGAAUGGGACAUCUGUGAAUUCAUUUCUAGUCUUCUUUUUUAACUACAGAUGAGCCCAAAUCUGCAACAUGAGUUCAUUUGUUCUUCAUUUAAUUUUGAGUAGCUUAACUAAUCAUAAUUAAUGCCGUAUUUGCGCACCACUGAGCAUGGAACGAGCUCUGCAGGAGUUGCAGAUGUAUCUGCAGUUUUCAAGUGACUUUGCAGCUUGAAGCAGGGUGAAUCACAGCUCAGAUUGCAGCGCUUUAUCAGCUCUUUGACACCUGAAGUUUUCUUUUUUUUAAAAAAAAAAUAUGAUUGCUUUCUUUACGGAACAAACACAAUGAUAAUCUAUAGCCAGCACCAGUUUGAAAAAAAUUCACACCAAACAAAAACCUGAUUUGUUUAUAGUAGCUCCAAAGUGUCACAUUUAUUUUUGUCCUAUCACCAAAGUAAAUAAAAAAGAUAAAAUUUCACUUCAGUCAGAGUGUGACUGAAAUCACCAUCCAGGGACCAUUAAACAGAAAUGCAUCUUAAGGGCUAAUGUGCUGAUAAAUCCCAGCAAUAAGUUUUUGCUUGGUGUAAAGUUAACAGCUUUUUUCAGCCAAAAAGCCACACAGAAAACAGGCACCUAGUGUUGACUUCUGUAAAUGAUUUAGUUUCUGUAGUUUUCAUCCACAGUUAGAAUAUAUAAUUCUGGCACAACACAGAUAUUAGGGGCAGAUUUAGUUUAGUUGGCUGUUGCAAAUUUUCCAUUCAUGCACGACAAAAGCAAAAGGGGAAAAUAAGAUUGAAAUGGGACAUUUGUGAUUAUCUACUCCUGCAUGCAAAUCUGACAGGUUUUCUUUUGUAAUUUUCCACCUGCUUCAUGUACUUUAUCAUUUAUUUAACAGGUUUGUUUGUAUUGCAGUGUAAUUUUAUUUUAACAAAGCAAUUCCAGUCUUUAGAAAUGCACUUUUUGAUCUUCCUCAACUAAAAACCAGAUUUGCAUUGGGGAAAAGCAGCAAGAAAGCAAACAGAUCAACAUUUCACAUGUUGAUGUGCGUGCUCUUUAACAUUCUUUUACAGAUGAAAAUAAAUGUUCCUUUUGAAAGCAGGACCACACUUUGGGACCUUACUGCAUUCAGAUAUCACUUUCCUAUGAAUACAGUAAUCAUCCAAUGUUGACUUCCACGAUGGCUCCCUGUGUGAUUAGAAGCAUAUUUGAUAUGAAAAUACAAAGCUUCCAUCCUUUGAGUGGCAUUUCUCAAAUUUAGGACAAAGUAUGUAAAACAAUGAAAAUGCAAAUCAUGCCUGUUUGGCAGGUAGUAGAAGACAGGACAUUGCCAUCACUCAUAAAAAUGGUUUUGGUGUACUGUUGGCCUUCAUUUGGUUCAGACAUUUGAGUCUAAAUGGCUUGAAAAAUGUGUCUAGUUUCAGUGAUGUACAUUAAAUGUUCUCUGCUUUGUGUGCCUCUCUGUUUGACAGGCAUCGUAAGCCACGCUGAUUAGCAUAACUUUGUUUUCCAAGAUAACGGAUGUGUAGAACUGGCAGAAGUCGGAGCACAUGUACUGUAUAGAUUGGUUUAAUUAAAUGUCCACAUGAAGAGUUUUGUUCCAAAGUGAAGAGAUAAAAAUCACAUUAUCUCUGCAUAUAGCAUCAUAACGUCUAGUGUGGAAAAAGUUAAACAAAUCAGUCAAUCUUUAACAGAUGUAAUAAUCAAGUUUCAAGAUGAAAUUCCUGUUUUUUUGAAAUGAAACUCUCCAUCAUGAGCUUCGUCAGUGUGCUGUGGACUUCGUAAUGAUUUAUGGACCAGCAAUGUUUAUUCCCCACUGACUUUGACUAAUGUUUGAGUUCUCUCUGCCAAAGCCACUUCUUCCAUUAGAAAUCCAAUGUAUUGUUUCUUAUAAUUAAGUAUUUGUGCACUGAAGAAUUCAACAUUGAAUGACAUUUUUUUUAAAUGACUGAUAAUUGAAAAUGAAUGCAUAACUUUCAAUUUAUUUGAUUUUCCUACCACUGUUAUUUGAUUGUAUAGUUACAGUAGGAGCUGUAGGGAGACCAAACUACAAAUGAAUUGUGAAGUUAUUAUGGAAAGCCAGUAUAUUAUAGGAGCAAAAAGCUGUUCAGUUAGCAGGUGUUAAAUGUAUUAAUGUCCUCAAAGACAAUUUGCUGAAAUGUAAAAUGAUCAAAAUAAACAUGGACA